UUAGGGUUCUGCGAUGAAAGUCCGCGCGUCCGUGAAGAAGCUGUGCGAUGCUUGCAUUUCCGUGCGGCGUGGCCGCCGCCUCUACGUGAUCUGCAAGAGCAAUCCCCGUCACAAGCAGCGCCAGGGCUACUGCACCGACGCCGCCGCUCCAUCGCUCCAGGAAAUUGAGCGCGAGGUUGAAGAAGAAGAAGAAAAUGUGCAAGAUCGAGGAUUCUUCAAGCCGCGUUUUGGAUUCGAGGCUGGAGCAAUGCUUGGAGCGUUCAUGUGUGUGUGGGCUAGAGUAGCAGCAACGCCUUUACUCCAAGCGGUGGCACCGAAAACUCUAGAGCUCUAGUUUCCAUAGGUCGAAGAAAGUGGGAGUAGUUUGCAUUGAUCUUCGAUACUUUUCCAUGGAAAGAUCAUCCAAGGUAUGGAGUAGCUUCAAAAAAACAAGAUUCCUUCACUCC